AAAUGGCUGACAAGAUAGACACCAAAAGACUAGAAGACCACAAGAGAAAUGCUAUUCUGGAGUUGGAGAAUCGCCUAUCAAUAUGGAGAGGAUUCCAUAAUGACUAUCAAUCACUUCAAGAGACGCUGAAUUUUUUACCACAAAAGAUAAGUCAUGAGAUUAUGGUUCCAUUUGGAUCUCUGGCCUUCAUGCCAGGAAAACUUGUCCAUACAAAUGAAAUCCUUGUUCUUCUUGGAGACAAUUGGUUUGCCAAGAGGUCUGCUUCCCAAGCACUUGAAAUAGUUGAACGAAGACAGAAAUAUGUGGAAGAAAAUAUAGAAAGUCUAAACAAAGAAUUAGAAUUAUUUUCUUCUCAGCUGAAUUUUACUAAGGAAUUUGAAAACAUCUAUAAGGUUGAUUCUGGAAUGAUAGAAAUAAAAGAAGAAAUAAAAGAUAAUGGAAAACCAAAAGGGCCAAGAAUAGCACACGAAAAGGCCAAAACGUUUGCACCCAAAAAGGUAAAGCAGUUUCAACGCUGCAAAGUAAAAGAUAUGAGUGAUGAAGACAAGGAAUUAUUUGCAAAGCUGGACAGACUUGAACUCAACGAAACCAGGAAUAAAGAACUUGAAAAUCUUGGUACAUCUGAAAGAUUCAAGGAUUCAGAAACUGUAAAAUAUGAUACUUGGAGUUUACCAAAACGAACUGAGGUAAAGUUUGCGGAUGAGUUAAAACUUAAGGGCUCGGACAGUGAUGACAGUGAUGACAGCAAUGACAGUGAUAACAGCAGCGGUGCCGAAACAGAAGACCAAGAUAACAUUAAGACUAUUAUGGUGAAUUUUACUAAUCCUACAAGUGGAUCUGUUACGGUGAAUGAUCAAGCAUGUGUGUCACCAUCAGAAUCAGAAUCAAUCACGGCUCCUUCAGACAUCUAUCUUCAUUAUAAUCCAGCACCAAAGUCUAUACUCAAAAGCUCAAGUACAGAGAAGGAGAGUUUGGGGGAGCCACUCACGAAGCCAUCAAAUUCAGAUGAAUUUAGAAAUGAAAAAGAAAGUGAUCGUGAGAAGGCAUUCUCAGGAAAAAUCAUCGAAAGAUCGGCAGAUAGCAUACCAAUUCAAAUGGCUUCUGAACCAAAACCAAAAAGAUUAUCAAGAUUUAAAGCACAAAGAAAGUCUUAGAUAAAAUAGUUUUUCGUCAGGAUUUGACGUCAUUUCCUGUCAGGUUCAUCAGCUGAAUGUUAAGGCUGACAGCAUAUGGUGGUCAGUGUUUGUCCACCAUUUGGAGCAGAUAAUGAGAUUCAAACACCCUUAUCAGCUGAUUAAAGCCAAGCAAUAAUAAGA